GAGCUUGUGCAUCUUAUCCGGAAUUACUUCAAGUUUAUGUUCUGCGUUUUAAGUUUUUAUUUCCCUUCAGAAUAUGACUUUUUUUCCUUUUCCUGGUUAAUCUGGAAUGAAUUUAUUGGAUAACGUUUGUGGAGCUUAACUUAUAUACACUGUCAGGUCACCUAGGAUUUGUAAUCUUGAGAAUAAGACAAGUUACCUGCUACAAUAAGUCAAUUUAGUCUUACAGUGUAAAAUGGUACAACCCACGGAGAACCACACCCCAAAAGCUAGCUCUUGAGGUGGGAGAGUCCAAGGCAAUAUAAACCCCACAUAAGCAUAUUGCAAUACCGAUGUAGCAUUCAAGUCACAUACCUUGCAAUGGACCAUAACAAACCACCACGCUCCGCAUUCGUCGUCCUCGAUGGAUCCACAUUGGGUAGCUUUCACUCUAACACAAGUAGGUAGCCUUACGCAGGUAGCCGUUUUCGAGUCAGGUGCCUAGGCACCGUCGGCUAGCUGUGCGCUAGACAUUUCUUGCCCCAAGCAAACACUGCAAUAUCGGCGUCACCAUCCACUACACAUGGGCACAGAGGGUGGUGGGUGCCUUUGAGACCAUUGAGACAACCCAGGUAGAACCACACCCCAAAAGCUAGCUAUUGAGGUGGGAGAGCCCAAGGCUAUAUAAACCUCACAUCAGCACAUUGCAAUACUGAUGUGGGACUCAAGUCCCAUAACUUGCAAUGGACCAUAACAUAAAAGUUCUUUACACUGUCCAUGUAUGUAAUUUAAACUCAUGUUUGUGUUACUGGAACUUAGUGGCACUUUUACUCACCUUAGUAGUAAGGAGCUGCUACUUCUAGCGGGCAGUGUACUAGUGAAUAGGACAAGUGAAUUGAGAUUGCUGAUGACUGAUGGAGGUCGAGGAUAGAACAUGUUGUGUAUCUCACCCUUGUCUCCUUUUGCAUAUUAUCAUACUGUAUUCAUAAUGAGAUAUCAGUCAAUGAUUCGGGCUUCUUUUGAUUACCCUUAUAGGACUCUUGAUUUUAGGUGCUACUCCGUGUACUCUUGGAGUUUUUGAUUUGAAUAAAGAAGUUGAGCCAUGCAUGUAUUCACUCCUAGAAGUGGCUUUCUCCACAAGGGAAAUAAGUGAUCUUGGUUUAAGUGUUUUCAAGAUGCUAACAUACCCUUUUUCUAUCUGGAUAGCAGUCUUAAUUAAUGCGGAAUGUGAUUUCAAAAUGGGUAUUUUCACUUCCUUCAAAUGGUGUUGAAAGUCUUGAUGUUACCUGAAUCUCGUCAUGGUAGCCUGGUCGGAUGGACAAUGGUAAUAGAUAAUAAACUUGAAACCUUAUGUAAAAGGGUUUGGAAAAGGAAGAAAGAGGUAAGAUAGGAAAAUGAGGCAAACCUGCAGUUAUUUGAGUCAUGAUCUCAAUACACUGCCGAUGACAUGAAUCCAGGAAUACUAGCUUUGGGCCAUAAAUUUUCACAGAUGAGGUCCUUUGAGACUGAUAUGAAUAAAACUCAUCAUAUUAGUACAAAGUGCAUUUUAUAGUAAAAAGCAGAAGUACCUAAGCCAUAAAGUGCAAAAAAGUGCUAGGGGCAAUAUUGAGACCAAAUGGCGUCACUAGCCAUGAGUACACCUUUUAAACUUAAUAUUCUAUCCAUCUCAAGUCUGGUUUUAAGUGGAUGUUCAUUUGCUGAAUCAUCUUUAAAAUUUUAAGAAACCUGUCAUCCUAAUUUCCAGAAUUUUCCUCCGUAAUUGAGGUUGGAAAUAAUUGUUUGACUAUUUCUUUAUUAAUGGCUUGACUACCAACAUAUACUUGAGCUUCCACUUUUUGGAGUCAACUAAGUGAUUGUGUGACAUAAUAUCCAAGAUAUAUUGUGCGUACCGAUAUCAAAAACAUCAACUUCCUACUAUUGUGUCAGACCUUGUUGGGGAAAGAGAAUCUUCUGGCCCCUCUUCAUACCCUGUUAAAGAUAACAUCAAUCUUCUCUAGUCAAAGCUUGCAUGAUAACACCCAGAAGAGCUUAAAAGCUUUAUAUCGGAGAUAUGAUCUGCAAAUCGCGAAAGUUUUCUGUCGUAAGAUAUGAUCUGCAAAUCGCGAAAGACUUGCCACCAGACCUUUGUAGAAAGUGAUUUCAUUAUGAUACAACAACUGUCAUUCUUCUACAUCUUUAAAGUUUCAGGUUUGCUGGCAAACAUAAACAGCAUGGGUGAUGGUCCUCGAGGAAUAGAGGUGUUUGAAGAUCAUUUUCAAGCUUCAACAUCUGGUGAAGACUCUGUACAAAGCCCAUCCUUAUCUAAAUAUAUAGAGAGUAAUGAUUCUUUGAGAUCCAUUAGUAGAUCGUGGACUAGAAGAAAAUUGAAAGGUGCUGCUUCAGUGUUGAAUUUGUUUAGCCUCAGCAAGCUAACUUGGAUGUCUGGCGCAGAUGGUCAAGAAAAGGUAGUAUUAACUGCUGCAGAAGUAGAAUCUCUUCGGUCAGAAAUCACUGCUUUGGAAGAAAGAGAAGCACAUUUAAAAGCUCAAUUAGAACACAUUGAUGAAGUAGUACGGGCUGCACGACUUUCGGGCUAUUUGGACAUGAGAAUGAGAUGGGCAACUUUACCUGGAGAACCUCUUCCUGUUGAUGACACUGAUGUUGAUGAUUGGCUUCCGAGAUUUUUUGUCCUUCAGGGAUCGUGUAUCUUCUGGUAUUCGUCAAGCACUGAUCUAGGCCCCCAAGAUUCAACCCUUCUAUCAGAUAUCAUUGAAGUUGGAACCUUACCUUGCCUGAUACGAGACAAUGAGGACAAACGAUAUUGCUUUUAUAUCUCAACUCGUUAUGGACUGAGAUAUGAAUGCUCUAGUAUAUCUAAGAUAAAGGUAAUGGUUUUUUCUGGAUCCUUUAUUGUUAGUAACCAUUCUGAUCUCUAUCUUGAAUUGUUGGGCUUGAUGAGUAAGAUUAAGUCCCCGACUUGGUGACAUUUGGAAUUUGAGAGCAUUUUUUAAUGGACCCGCUUUGGAUGUUUACUUUGUUUCUACCCACCAAGUGCCUCUCAGAUUGGGGAAUCUUAGUAGUCCACAUGAACUUUCACCUUGUUGGUGAGGGUUCGAUUCCCAGCCUUGUAAUCCCUCCUCCAUUUCCCCUUUCCCUCUCCCCUAGGCAUAAUAAUUAUUUUAUUAGAAAAAAGUGUCUAUCGGAUAAUCUUGAGAGUAUAACUUGUUCACUUUUCUUGACAUAGAUUUGUAAAAUAUCACAAUAGUAAUCCAUCAUUUGUCCCAUCUCAAAUAAGGUAACUAUCAUCUGAUGUAUAUAUUACAAACAUAACCAAUCCUUUUUCAUCUUCCAUUUGCAUGCUCUGUAUGUUUUUUUUUCCUUUUCAGGUUGAUUCCUGGUUGGAAGCAUUACAGACUGAUUGCAAGCUGUGAUCUGGUUGUACAACAUUUCAUCAGUUGACUAGGAAUUGACAUCAUGAUCUGCCAUUGGCAGCAACAAACUCUAAACAAGCCAGAUUUGGAAGCAAAAACAUAUACUAUCAUGUUUUCAAAGUUGGGCUGCAACUUUUUAGUGCUUACCUAGUGCAUUCUGUACAUAGUCUAGCAUACAGCCGUUGUACAGUAUUGAAGUUACAUUUCAAUAAAUACAUAUCAACAUAUGCCUAAGAAGGAUUAGCUGCAGA